AUGUCUGACGGACUAAACCCCCUCCGUGAAGCCCGCGUAGCCGAGCUCCUCUCCGACUUCCGCACCCUGCAAUUCUACAUCGCCGCCGCGCCCACCUCCCCGGGUAACCCAGACGAGUACUACACGGAAGGGUGGGCCGCUUUGCGACAAUGCGCGCUGGACGGGCAACACAUUCUCAACUGCGCGGCCGACAUUUCCAUUCCUUGUGCUUCCGGUCCGGGGCCGGAUGAGCAGGCGAAGGCCGAGUUGAAGCAGGUCUUGCUGGAUGCGUAUGCGCGGAGACAUGAGGGACAAAAGAUUUAUUUGAGGCAGGCGGCGGCGCAGAGGUGGGUGGGGUGGAGGGAGACUGUGGUUGUGAAUGGAGGGGGAGGAGGGGGACAGGGGAUGGUUGAGGUUGAUGGGCAGUUGAGGGUUGAACUAGCAAACAUCACCGACGAAGCAGUCUACGCCGAGCUCCAAGCGAACGACAUCAACAUGGGCCGCUGGAUAGACGAGGACCCGAGCCUCAGGGAGGUCCAGAGGUGGAUUCGUUCGAGGAGGCAGUGCUAA